GUGUGUGUGUGUGUGUGUGUUAUGCUUCUGCCAGUCUCAGUGACACACAGACAGAAGGCUGUUAUAAUGUGUCUCUUAUGUCACUGCUGCUCCUGAGGUCUUCAGGGAGAACAGUGCGCUGGCAUGUCAGUCAGUCAGUCGGGCGACACACUACGGACAUGCCUGGCAGUCGGAGUCGGUUGGACACACACAGACAGAGCCAUGCGUGACCAGUGUACAGUGUAUGCCAGCACACACCCAGUACGCUGUCUGGGUUUGGGAAAGGGAGAGAGAUUGGAAGAUUAGAAGAGGCAGUUGGUUGGACACACGGACAGAGAGAGAGAGAGAGUCAUGCCUGACCAGAACACAUGGCGUUGCUGGCCACGGCGCUCAGAGAAGCAGAAGGAGAACAUGUCCUCGCAGAAAGACUCACAGAAAAACAGUAGAGCCUCACCAGACAACAUCGGGACAGCAGAGGGACUGCUCUUCUGUCUUCUAUGUUCCACAUACAGAGAAGGACCCUGCUGGUUCAGAUUCCUGCUAUGCUGCCUCAGACAGAGCUGAGACCCAGUCUAUAGAGGAGACAGAGCUGAGACCCAGUCUAUAGAGGAGACAGAGCUGAGACCCAGUCUAUAGAGGAGACAGAGCUGAGACCCAGUCUAUAGAGGAGACAGAGCUGAGACCCAGUCUAUAGAGGAGACAGAGCUGAGACCCAGUCUAUAGAGGAGACAGAGCUGAGACCCAGUCUAUAGAGGAGACAGAGCUGAGACCCAGUCUAUAGAGGAGACAGAGCUGAGACCCAGUCUAUAGAGGAGACAGAGCUGAGACCCAGUCUAUAGAGGAGACAGAGCUGAGACCCAGUCUAUAGAGGAGACAGAGCUGAGACCCAGUCUAUAGAGGAGACAGAGCUGAGACCCAGUCUAUAGAGGAGACAGAGCUGAGACCCAGGCUAUAGAGUAUACAGUACAGACUGUGUGAUAGUUGGGAGGAAGGUUCAUGGACGGGGUUCUGGAACAUGUUUAGUUUUGGAACAGUGUGAGGACGAUGCAUUGUGAUAAGAGAGGGAGAGAGAGAGAGAGAAAGAGAGAGAGAGGGAGCAGGCAGCUUGUUCAGCUGUGUGAGGGCUCGUAGGGUUAAACCCUGUGGAGGGUUGGCUGACGUGGCCGCGGCAGUCAUGGGUUCUUCUCUUCUUUCUCACACACACACCGGGACUGGGGCCAUGGACUCUCACACACACCGGGACUGGGGCCAUGGACUCUCACACACACCGGGACUGGGGCCAUGGACUCUCACACACACCGGGACUGGGGCCAUGGACUCUCACACACACCGGGACUGGGGCCAUGGACUCUCACACACACCGGGACUGGGGCCAUGGACUCUCACACACACUUGCUGUGGCUGGUCUCUCAUCACCCCUGUGGACGGGGAGAGGUUUUCUCCACACACUCAUACCGUCCUCUCUGGGGACCGGACCCAUUCACCGCACACACACCAGCACCGUAAACACACACACACGGUGCUCUACCUCAGGGUGGAUGGCUGGCCGCUCCGCCACUCCAGCUACUUUAUCUUCAUCACCACCGUCACCAUCAUCAUCAUCAUCUCUAAAUUAUGAGGAUUCGUCAAGUCCAGCUGUUGAAAUCGUCUGAACUGGGUCGCCACAGUCUACUCUAUGUGAAGGAGAUAGGACAUGGUUGGUUUGGCAAGGUUCUCUUGGGGGAGGUGAAUGCAGGUCUCAGCACCACCCAGGUGGUGGUCAAGGAGCUGAAGGCCAGUGCCAGUGUCCAGGACCAGAUGCACUUCCUGGAAGAGGCACAGCCAUACCGUGCCCUCCAGAACCCAGCCCUCCUGCAGUGCCUGGCACAGUGCUCAGAGGUCACACCUUAUCUACUGGUCAUGGAGUUCUGUCCUCUGGGCGACCUGAAGAGUUACCUGCGCAGCUGUCGGGCGGCUGACUCCGUGACCCCUGAUCCCCUGACCCUCCAGCGAAUGGCGUGCGAGAUCGCCUCGGGCCUGCUGCACCUGCACAAGCACAACUUCAUUCACAGUGACAUGGCCUUAAGGAACUGCCUUCUGACCUCAGAGAGGACAGUAAAGAUAGGAGACUAUGGCCUCUCACACAGCAGAUACAAGGAUGACUACUUUGUGACUCCAGACCAGAUCUGGGUGCCGCUGCGUUGGAUCGCCCCAGAGCUCAUAGACGAGGUGCAUGGUAACCUACUAGUGGUGGACCAGACUAAGGACAGCAACGUCUGGUCUCUGGGAGUUACUAUCUGGGAGUUGUUUGAGUUGGGGAACCAGCCGUACAGACACUACACUGACAGACAGGUCCUGACUUACGCUGUGAAGGAACAGCAGCUCAAACUAACCAGGCCCCGGCUCAAAGUACCCUUGGCUGAGCGCUGGUAUGAAGUGAUGCAGUUCUGCUGGCUGCAGCCAGAGCAGAGACCCAACAGUGAGGAGGUACACCUUCUCCUCACCUACCUGUGUGCCAAGGGGGCCAGUGGAGUCCAGGAGGACUUUGAACAGCGCUGGAACUCCCUGAGACCCAACCUGACUGGCAGCACCACCCACAGCCACACCGCCCCAGCCCCUCCACCACUAGCCCAGACUACUGUCCCUGCCCCAGCCCGACCAUCUAUCCCUGGGGACGUGGAGUUGGAGCCGGCCUCCAUCUCCCGCAACUCCUUCCCCCUCCUAGAACACUUCUCCCACGACAGCUUCCACUCAGACAGCGGUGACGACAUCCUGACCGUGACAGAGACCAGCUAUGGUGGGCUCAACUUUGAGUACAAGUGGGAGCAGGCGAGAGCCGAGCAGCCAUACUGUUCCUCAUCCACCAGCGGGCCUCUGGGCCAGGGCAACCCUCACUACCAGGACGUAUACUACCCCGUCGGGAACACCGCCACCUCGGGCAGCUGUAAAGGGGACGGAGGGGAUGGAGGGCUUGUUCUGGGGGUCUCCCCAUCCUACUACGAGUCCGACCACUCCGGAUCGGGGUCAGGGUCGGGGGUAGGGGUGGUGCCGGUGUUGAGCGCUCACAGCCCUUCGGUCGGUAGUGAGUACUACAUCCGUAUUGAGGAGCCGGUGGAGUGUAAUAUCAACCUGGAUGAUAGUGUGGUUGACUACAGCCCUGGGUUGGAGGCUGAGGAUGGCAGCCUCUCCUCAGGGAGCAGAACCCCACAGCCCCAGUCCCAGUCCCAGCCCAGUGCCUACUGGUCAGCAGCAGCAGGCGACAGCAGUGGGGGUAAACACAGUACCCAUGACUCUGACAAUAGCCCGGCCUUGUCCCUGACCAUGGAGCCUCUUCUGAGACCGACAGCCAGCACAGCCAGUCCCGUGGAGCUGGGGCGGUCCCACCAGUACUUCUCACCCAAUCAGAGACAGGCUUUCUACUGUGAACAGUCGCCCAUUCGAGAGACGUGUUGCCAAUCACCAGAGGACACGCCCAUAAUGUCCCAGCUGAACUUGCAUCAUCCAAUGGGGAGGCUGGAAACCCCUCUGGGGGUGGGGUCCUCCCACUCCCAGUGCCUGAGUAGCCCUAGUCUGGGACACUGUGACCCCUACCUCGAGGCUAGCCAAGGCUUCACCACCACAGCCAGGAGGACGGUUAGUGAAGGCUACUAUGACAUGAUGGGUCCCCUCAGAAAGACUCUAUCAAUGGCUAACCAUAUUAGCAUCGACGUGGAGACAGGGGACGGGGGACUUUUGGUGGGGGGCAGGAGGAGAGGAGAAAGUGACACUGGGGACAUCGACGAUGGUGAUCUCUUCUCUGAGAGAGAAGCCACCAACUGGACCUCCAACCACUCGGCCAAUAACAACAGCAUGACUUUUGACCUUAGGCAGACGGGCCAAUCACAGGACAGCUAUCUGGACCUCCAUUACACCAACACCACGACACACUCCUCUACUGUAACAGGCUCGUGUAACAGUAGCAACAUGUGCCAGCAGCACAGCUCCAGAGCCUUCAGCUAUAUGGAGGCCACAGGGAGAGAGAGCGCUGUCUGCUCUUCCUCUAGCAGACCCAAUGAGGGCAGUAGUGCUACUACAUAUAGUCACCUGUGUCACGGAGCUAGAGAUCAACCUGUGUGUCUCUCAGACCACUCUACCCUAGAUCAUCUCAGAGGUGUUGCUGUUGACUCUCUCUCCAGCUCUUCUGUUGCUGUCAAGCGUGUUAACCUCAAAGGUGGUGUAAAGGACGGCGUCCCCACCACCGAAACUACAACUACGGUGUCUGUAGAGGGACACAGUAAAAACCCAUCUCUGAUUACAGGAGAGAGGCAAUUCUCCCAUCCCAAGAUGAUCCCAGAACCAGGCUGUAUCCAAUCUCCGUCCACAUACAUGGAGCUUGACACUCGCACAGGCCUCAGCACUAAGGCAGUCCUGACAGAGAAGCAGGGGGGUAAUGUCUGGGAGAUACCUUCACAUGUUAAAGACAGAGGUCCAGUGGAGGUAAUGUCUGGUGGUGUGGGGGAGAGGAGGCUGGGGAUGGGGUUGGCCCACCCUGAAGGGGUACUGCUGGAGCCGGUCGGGUCCUUGUUUGAGGCUAGCAGGGGGCUGGACAGUGGGUUGGAGAUGGCCGGUCAUUCCAGCAUCAGCCUAGUGGACAUCAGCAACUGUAGCUACGACGAUGAGGACGAUGACAUAACAGAUAUCACUUCUGGAAUUUUGGCCGACUACUCCCUGGACUAUGCUGACGAGGUCGGAGACGAUCUAAGCCCCGCCCACCACCCCCACGGACGCUCCCUGCAGAACCCGGUGGGAACCCCCGACUCCGUGGACACCCUGGACAUGCUGUCGCUGUCAUUGUCGGUUACCAACUCCAGCCCCUGUGAGGCCUUCAGCCUUGAUGAUGUCUUUCUCCAUCCCUCCUCCUCCCUCUCCUCCUCUUUCACCUCCUCUUCUUUCACCUCCUCAUCUCUCCUCCCCAAGUCCCUGGACAGUGGCUACGACACAGAGAACAAUGAAAGCCCAGAGUUCAUCCUAAAGGAGGGAGGUGGGAAUGGGGACUUCCUAUUGGACUGCGAAGGAAACCAGCAACAACACCCAGUCCUCGGUGGGAGCCACCUGGCCCGCGGUGGGGUUAGCCUGGGGCCGAGGUCGGACCAGAUGGUCCUUCAGCAGGUGGACCUGGGUGAUGGGGUUGGGAUCACUCUGUGUACCUCUUCCUCCUCUGGCUGCACUGAGCUGCAGCUAAAGGGACUAAGUGAUAAGAAUCCGUUCGUGGACUCUGCCUACUUCUCUGACUACGACGCAGAGAACGAGAGGAGUCCCCAGGAUGAAGGGAGUAACUUCUUCUCCAGUCCAGGAGAUAAGAAGGACUUUGUGGGGCACACAGCCUCGAAACAGAGGAUAAGGUUGGCGAGGAGAAAUGAACUCCAACCACAGACAGAGAGAGAGGACGGUUACCGUGACCUGACAGACCUGACAGGAAACACAAACACAAAUACAAAUGGAGUGGUGGUGUUUGACACUACCACAGGUUCCUCUCCCUCCUCGGCCCCCGGCCCACGUCUCUCCAUGCUGGCACCCUUCCCCCCUCAGAUGGGGGGCUGUCUGGCCAAAGAGUCCGGCCCUGACGAUGCUGUAGGCCUGGAGUCUGAGCACAGCGGCGACGAGCCAGCAUCUGGGUGCAGCUCCACCAUGGUGUCUGAGGGUUCCUCCACAGUGCAGGAGGCUUCAGCCAGACACCCUGAUCAGGAGAACCAUCACAGGGCCUCAGAGGAUGACUACUCCCCCAUCCAGUCCCUGGGCUCCGACUCUACCAUAGACUACAGAGAGGAGGUGAUGAAAGAGAAGGAGGAGGACGGGGAGGGAGAGCAGGGAUCGACUGAGGAGGACAUGCCAGAGUUUAAUCAGGUCGACGAGGAUGGAGAGAAUGGAGAGAGAGGAGGAGAAGAGGAUGAGUAUGAGGAGUUAGAGGAGGAGAACGAAGAGGAGGAGGAGAAGGCUGGCUACAGCAGACACCAGAACGGUCCUGUUGGCCUCCUCACCUCAUCUCCAUCGCUCCUCUCCUACUCCCCCUCACUCCAGGAGCUGUGUCGGGAGGUGGAGAGGCGAGCUCCUCUAACAGAAGGGGAGGAGUCAGACGACAGUGAGUCAGAGGAGGAGCUGCGGAGCUACAACCUGCAGGAGGAGCUGAGCGAGGAGGACAGUGAGGGGGAGGUGAUGGGGGUGCCGGUGGUGGUGAGCGAUAGUAGUGGGGCCAGAAACCUCCGCAGCCUCCUCAAGAUGCCUAAGCUCCUCACACAGUCCUUCUGUGACGAGCUGGACAGGAAGAAGAAAGCCGUGUCCUUCUUUGAUGACGUCACCGUCUUCCUGUUCGACCAGGAGAGCCCCACAGGAGAGCUGGCUGACUUCACGUUUCCCCCAGGAGCAGAGUCCAGCGGCCAGGCCUCAGGCGGGGAGAACCCCCAGCCGGACCUCCAGCCCCACCCCACCAUGGGCCACCACCACCACCACCACCACCCCACCAUGGGCCACCACCUCCACCCCCCGGGCAGGGCACCACACGCCUCAGAGGACUCUGAUGGCAACAUGUCAGAAGAAGGUGGUGGGUUUGAGUGGGAGGAUGACAUCCCAUUGAUGACCAGCCCGUUGUCCAGCCCGUCUACAGCUGAGCCACCGGUCUCUGAUCCCAUCCCGGUCCCUGCUGCCAAGCCUCCCGAGGACAAGCCUCCCGAGGACAAGCCGGUAGCAGUAACAGCAGCAUCACAGUUCUCCCGCUUCAGCGUGUCCCGCUCCCGCUUCUCCAUCACACACGUCCCCAAUCCAGACAUGAACUCUGCAGGGAGCAGUGAAGAUGGAGAGAGGCAGUGAAAGAAGGAUUGAAGGGGUCUUCUCCAUGACAGGAAGGAGUAUACCUCCUCUCCUAGUAUGACUACCAGGUGUUCAGACCUGGGAUCUCAAGAACCUGAUGACCCUGUAUGAGCCAAUGCCUUGUAUCGUAGUGACACAACAUCUACAUUCCAAAUGACAGCCUAUUCCCUAUGUGCCCUGGUCAACACUAGUGGAAAACAAAGGGAACAAGGUGCCAUUUCGGAUGCAGACAAACACCUUAAAUGGUUCCUUCUCUUAAUUUGUAUUAUUACUCCAGAGAGAGACAGAGAGAUAGCUGUAGGAACGAUGACAGAGUCCUGAGAGGACCACAACCAAGCAGUAUGUGACUGAUAAUAUAGAUGUAUUAGAGAUAUAUAACAUCUACACUUAUGGCAAUUAUUAAUAACUUAUUUGCUCAAAUCACCAUUGACGUUCAGUAACGUCAAAUCAUUUGGAGAAAAGGAAAAAGAGACAAAAAAAUGAAAAAAUGACAGACUUGGUCUCAUUGCUGCUCUCUCAUUGGCUGCUUUGGUCCUCCAUCUGCUUGCUCAUCGGCUGGUUGGAUCUUCUAGAACAGUGUUACAGUGCUUCCCUGGAGCCGUUGAAUAACGGCUGAUGACCGCCCCACAGGAAGCUGCUCUCUGUGGGGGUUCAAAGAUGAAGACAACCACCCCUUUACAAAUGACAGAGGAAUAGGGGUGGGGGUACUGCGAAACUUACUGUGCCCCCUUGACAAAGCCACAGGAAGGUGGACGGUCUUGCUGAUGUUUUAGUUCAGGGAUAAAAAAUGUAUUAUUAUGAUGUUAUACAAUAGCAUUGAAUAUGUGUUUCUGAUUGGCUUGAAGGGCAUUCUAGAGCGUGCAUUAUUUCCGUAUAACUCACGGUAUAUUUGCACGAUAGAAAGGUUCGUUAUUACAUAUUAUAUAUUUUGAGUUGCUUUUGAAAGCAAACGUUCAAUUGAAAACAUUAUUGGCAUGUUUGAAUUCGAUUUUCAUAAUGGCGAGCUAGGACUGAUGGUUUGGUUCGCUAAACUAGCAAGUCUGUUUGUUUGGUUACCGAGGCAACCACUGUCGCUGUCUAGUAAACCUGCAAGCUACUUCAGUGGAUGUUAAUUAAACACAUUUCUACUGGCAAAUUAACACAUUUCUAGCAGCAAAUGUGUUCAAUUAUAGCCCUGGUAUAAAAGGGAUAAUCAACUUGGGGCUCUAUGCAUACUGGAAAAGUGGGAAGUCAGCUGGAACACACCUUCCACAUCGUUCAUUAUUUUCCAUUAGAACGCAUAGCCUCUGGUUGAUUAUCCCUUUACAUAACAGAUCAUUAGAGCCAGAGCCCUGUUGAAAUCUAUGUAUGUUAUAAUAUAUAUGGCUCUGCUUACAACUUGGUAACACUGUUAUGUGUCUGUUUCACAGUUCUUUGUAACGUUAGUUACUCCUCCUCUUGCAAAAAAAGGUUGUCGUUUUGAAACUGCAGUAAAAGUGCAGUAACUGCAGUCAGUCAACUGUGGUAUUUUGGAUGCAGUAAUUACAGAAUAACAGCAGUGUACUGCAGUUGACCCUCAGUUAUACUACAGUUGAACCUCAGUUGUACUGCAGUUGACCCUCAGUUGUACUGCAGUUACACUGCCAAAUGAUGGCAGUAAAAAAUAUAUAUAUAUUUUGGACACAGUCUUUGCAGCAAACUGCAGUUAUACUGCACUCUAAUGGCAAUAUUUUUUGGUAAGGGUCCUCCCUCUCUCUGGUCAAUGAAGACCUCCACAUCUGUUCAAAAUUCACUUCUCUAUUAGAAUUAUUAGGCCAGUUGAGAAGCUCUAAAGUAGAUGUAUUUAGGGUUUGAAGCCGUGAAAAUUGGAACACAUUUUUUUGUCCAGAACAAAACCUGAUAAGAGUGCCAUUUCAGCCGAGCGUUGUAGGAGCCUGUUAGUAGCACCACCUAUAGAUCAAUGUUGAAAAUACAUCUACUGUACCUGCAUUUACAUUUCAGGUCACCCCUGUGUUGGGUCUACAUGACUAAAAUAUUAGGCGGAGAACACUGUUUGUAAUGUUAAUGUAAUGGAUCUGUUACAGCAUAGAUCCAUGAGGGCCAUGUUCCUUAGGUAUGAAUAGGGGGGGGGGAGUACUGAAAUGAGGGUGAAACUAUCUGGACUUAAAAUUAUAUAUAUAUAUAUUUAACUAGGCAAGUCAGUUAAGAACAAAUUCUUAUUUACAAUGAAAGCCUACCGAGGAACUGCCUCGUUCAGGGACAGAAUGACAGAUUUGACCUUAUCAGCUCGGGGAUUCGAUCCAGCAACCUUUCGGUUACUGGCUCUAACCACUAGGCUACCUGCUGCCCACUUGUCCGACUUGUCCAAUAAGACACGCUCAUUAACGUUUUUCAUUGCAAAACCUUUUCCGUUAAGUGCCCUAAUGAACGUGACCCAGGAUCCCUGUUUGUGUCUGUCCCUGGAAACUCAAGGGUCAGUUGGUAACAAAACAUUAUUAGUGUAUUAUAAUGCAUUAUAAAGGACGCUAUAAAGCAUUAUACAUUACUGUCUAGCCCAUGUAAUGAUUCAUACAGUAGCUUUGCUCACGUUUCAUUUAACCAGCGAUACAAUGAGUGGAAUGUGACAGAGGGAGAGAAAAGAGGGAUGAAUAGAAGAAAGAGAUUUGCAUCCUAAAAUGGCACCCUAUUCCCUUUAUAGUGCACUAUUUUUGACCAGGACCCAAUGGGCCCUUUAUAGUAGACUACUUUCGACCAGGGCCCAUAGAGCAUUUGGGACGCCACCCAGGUGAAGCCACAGCCAAACUGGUUUGGUCAUAACAUCUCUUCUGGACGGUUUUCCUGGACACAGAUGAAUGGUAAUCCUGGACUAACAAACACUUUCAAUAGAGAAUCACCAUUAAAAUAGGUUUUGAGACCAGUACUUAUUCUGUGUCUGGGAAACCAGCCCUGUAUGUUGAAAUGCAAGAGCGCCUUUCAAUUCAACUACAUGUCUAUACUAUAUCUGUCGUGAAGCUGUGAUUGUCACCGGUCUACCUACACCAUCUAAUGCAGGUCUAUUUAAUUACAUGUAAGAGAUGGUUAUCUGUACAGGUGUUGAAGGUGUACAGACAUUGCAACAGGACGGUUACAGAUUGACACAUCUCACAUAAUAAUGUAUGAAUGUUAUCAACAUGUUUCAUUUGACUUGGUUUUACUACUGCUGUACCCUCUCCUUCCGGGGGGACAUGUAUCAAGCGUCUCAAAGCAGGAGUGCUGACUUAGGAUCAGUUUGGCCUUUUAGAUCGCAAUAAAUAAGAUCACACAGGCAGGACCUGAUCCUAGAUCAGUACUCAUUCUCUAAGAUAUUUGAUACAUACACUGCCCUGAUUCUCCUGAGUCACUAAAAGGGACAACUCUAUUUUCUCUCUCUGCCUGCCUUUUAAGUUUUUCACAUUCUGCAAGAAGAGAGACUUUUCCCCCAGUAUUUCUUAUCUACCAAUAUGAGUAUGUUUCUGAAAUGGCAUCAUAUUCUCUGUAUAGUGACUAAGAAAAAUACUCAUAUUUGUGCACUAUAUAGGGAAUAUGGGCCAUUUCAGUCACCACUUUAAAACCUCUAUGGGAUCGGUGUCCCCACAAUGGGGUUGAGCUAAUGUGAUUAGCAUGACGUUUGAAGUAACAGGAAGAUUUCCCAGGACAUAGACAUAUCUGAUAUGGCCAGAAAGCUGAAAUUCCUGUCAAUCUAACUGCACUGUACAAUUUACAGUAACAGUGAAAAAUACCAUGUUAUUCUUUGAGGAGAGUGCACAGUUUUGUACUUGAAAAUGUAUCAAUAAACCAAUUAGACACAUUUGGGCAGACUUGAUACAACAUUUUGAACAGUAAUGCAAUGGUUUAUUGGAUCAGUCUAGAACUUUGCACAUACCCUGCUGCCAUCGUAUUUCAGACACCACUUUAAAGUAAAAUCCACUGCAGCCAGAUUGUGGAGUUCCUCACCUUCUCCUCUUCGCUCUCUGUGGAGCAUAAGUCCUCAACCAGUCCAUGCCGGCUUGUCUAAAUAGUGGCGGUGCGUAAACAUUGCACUGGUCACUUACCACAAAUUCCUUGUUUUCCCUGUGUUUGCCGUAUUGUACAUUGCUUUUGAACAUUAGCACAGUAUACACGAUCCCGAUUUUAGCUUCAAGGCGGCGGCCAUUUUGAAAAUCCUAAAAGGUAGAUUGAGCUAAUUUAAUGGCACACUAAAACAUGUCGCGCGCCAACGUUUUGAAACACGGUGGAUAGUGCUAAAACAAUUAUGCCAUAUCUGAAUUCUGCCAUCUUUAUGCGCGUUGGCCAUUUGCCAAAGAGAAAGGACAACAAUAACCAAUGGCUAAGCUAAAUAGACAAUUGAAAUGAGUUGAGAGUUGAGUAGGUGAGAUGGGUUGGUCCGUACACCAGUAGUAACACCAUCAUGGACCCCAGGAAGAGUAGCUGCUGCUUUUGUAACAGCUAAUGGGGAUUCUAAUCAAAUACCAAAUACUAAAUACUAAAACAUCAUCACUCUAUAGAUCCAUUCUAGCCUGGUCCCAGAUCUGCUGGUGCUCUUUCCAACUCAUUGUCAAGCCAAACAUUUGACAUAGCAAUUCCACAAGGUGUUGCUAAGAGAGCAGAAAGCGACUGGCAUCCAGGCUAGUUCCAUUCCUCAAGGCCCAUGUCUCAGUUUCAUGGCUGUCGUGCUAAAGUAGAAUUCAAGACAAAUAAAUCAAGACAUUUUUUUCCCCCU